UACACCUAGCGCCUGUCUGCUGCCCGACAUCAUGGACGGCCACAAAGCUCAGCCUUCAAGUCCAACUCUUCCAAGGGAGGAUCAAGCAAUUGCAGGCAGCACAUCCAAGCGUGCAAGUGUCGAGAUGGCCAAGAAGGAUACGCCACCCGUGCAGACUCCGACGAAGAGCACAACCCCUAGAGAUAGAACUGCGACCGCGACGCCGACAAAGUCAAUGAGCCCUGACUAUCAUUCGUUUACAUGCUCAAGCAAGACGUUUGUCGUCGAGAAGCGCUGGAAGCUUGUUAGAGAGCUCGGACAGGGGGCGUACGGCAUUGUCGUGUCAGCACAAGACCAAAUUUCGAAUGAAACCGUGGCGAUCAAGAUGGUCACGCGAUUGUUUGACAAGCUCAUUCUUGCCAAACGAGCUCUGCGGGAAAUCACCCUGCUGCGGCAUUUCGCGCACCACGAGAAUAUCACUGGGGUGAUAGACAUGGACGUGAUCUCCCAAGAUUUCAACGAGAUUUAUCUGUUUCUUGAACCCAUGGAAGCGGAUUUGCAUCAAAUAAUCCGCUCGGGCCAGAAGCUGACCAACGCGCACGUGCAGUACUUCCUCUACCAGAUCCUACGAGGAGUCAAGUACAUCCACUCGGCCAACGUGGUGCAUCGGGAUAUCAAACCUGGCAACUUGCUUGUUAACGCCGACUGCGAGUUGAAGAUCUGCGACUUCGGACUGAGCCGGGGGUUCAAUGCACGAGCGGAUGAGAACACGACGCAGAUGACAGAGUAUGUCGCGACACGGUGGUAUCGAGCGCCUGAGGUUAUGUUGAGCUUCAAGAGAUAUUCGUUCGGAAUUGAUCUGUGGUCAAUCGGUUGCGUCCUGGGUGAACUGGUGAUGGGAAAGCCAGUAUUUAAGGGAAAGGACUACGUAGACCAACUCAACCUGAUCAUCAAUACGCUCGGUACACCACCUGACGAUACCAUCAAGAAGAUUGGCAGCGACAGGGCAAGAGAAUACGUUCGCAACUUGCCUUUCAAACUGCCGCAAUCCCUCCCAAAGCUGUUCCCUAGAACAGAUAAUAUGGGGAGAGACCUAAUUCACCGAUUCCUUCGUUUCGACCCCGAUGAGCGCAUUAGUGUUAACGAAGCGCUCGCCCAUCCUUUCCUUGAAACAUAUCACGAUGAAGCUGACGAACCGACAUGCCCUCACAUCUUCAAUAAAUGGGAACGAAUAGAGACACUAGAAUCGAUGGACGAUUUCCGGCAGGAAAUAUACAAAGAGGUAGAGGAGUUCAGGAAAGAGGUGCGGAUGGUGUAUGACGAGCCUGCUCCAGUGGAGCUACUGGUCGCUGCACCCGAAUCGCCAGAGCAUGAACAGGAAGAGUUACCGGCCGUUGAUGGGCUACCAGAAGAAGGCGUGCCGUUUCCGACCCAGACGGACUUUCCACCAGAACCCUCGCCAGUAGCGUACCGCGAACGCCUGCGUGCCGUUUCCGACCUCCCGCCACGUAGCGCCAAAGCCGUCGACCCGUACACCGUGUACGCCCGUCGGUCCUCCAUCAUCGGCUUCUCGAACCUCUCUCCCGACGCGGCCCGCUCACCUACCGGAGGACGCCCGCCCUUGCGCAGCGCCUCUAGCGCACUUGUGGAGGACAUCGCCGAGGAAGUGGAAGGCGGGGAGAAGAGCGCAAGCUACUUCAUCCCUGCGCGACACCGGUCCAUCUCUGGUUCAGGCGAGUCACUCCGCCCUGCCUUGCUCCGCCAGCUCUCGACAAUCUCGAUCCACGACAUGGCUGGGAACGCACCUGCUCCCCUGCCUGGUGUACCGCUCGCAGCGAUGACCCGGGACGUGGCGGACGACUUGAAGCAAAAGGAUCAUGUAACCCAGGCGGACGCGCCGGCAUCCGAGAUGCCGCUGGAGUUCAAGACGCGCACGAGGAGCGCCCAGGCACGCGGCCCGUUCCUAGGACCGGGGUGA